CGGCGGCCGCGGAUUUUGCGCAGAAGCCGUGAGGGGGUGCGGCCGCCGAUCGCUCGUCGCCGCCGCCGCCGCCGAGCAGCCGGCAGACAUGUUGAGCGCGGCGCACAGACAACACGUGCCGGUGAUGAAGUGCGUAGUAUAGAAAGGAGCCAGAGGAGUGUAGAAGAAGGAGUUGAGGUGAUUUUAACACUGAACGAGAGAACAAUUGAUCGCAGGAUGAUGGAGACGGUGGUGAACGGCGGCGGCGGCGGCGCCGCCGGCCUCGACAAGCAGCAGCACCACCGCAUGUACAGCCCGCACCUGAAGAAGGUGCUCAAGACGUACCAGCUGACGGCGCAGCGCAGCCUGAAGGGCCCGGCCGGCGUGUCGGGCGAGACGGCCAAGGAGGCCUGCAAGGCGGCGGCGGCGACGGCGGCCGAGGACCAGGAGCCGCCGGCGGCGCCGGCGGCGCCGAAACAGCAACACCCGCCCGUGUUCUACACGCAGGACCGGGCGCGGAACUCGGAGUUGCAGGAGACGGUGCUCAGGGGCGCCAACAUCUCGUGCUUCAACGUGGGGGGCGAGCUGCGGCUGUGUCUGCCGCAGGUGUUCAACUACGUGCUGAACGGUUUCCAGCCGCCGGACAUCUACCAGCAGUGCGACGAGCUGCACAUCCACUGCAACCGCUGCUCGCCCGAGCAGCUGGACGUGUUGAAGGGUUGCAAGAAGCUGCCCGAGACGGCCGUGUCGUGCGGCCUCAUCACGCAGACGGACGCCGAGCGGCUGUGCGGCGCCCUGCUCAACUCGGCCAACGCCAGGUCGGCGCUGCCCUGCAAGCCGUCGGCGGCCCUCAGGGUGUACCACGAGUGCUUCGGCAAGUGCCACGGCCUGCUGACGCCGUCGCUCUUCGCCCACGACGAGUCCGAGUGCGUCGAGUGCUGUGAGUGCCAGCGCAUGUACAGCCCGCAGGACUUCGUCACCCACGUGCACUCGGACCUCGAGAACAGCACGUGCCAUUGGGGCUUCGACUCGGCCAAGUGGCGGGCCUACCUGCUGCUCGACGAGGACCAGGACAAUUUCAAGGAGCGCAAGGACGUGCUCGUCCAGCUCAAGCAACGACGCGUCGUCAAGUACGACAAGCCGCACAAGCGCAAACAGGUAUGCUUGCCCCCUCGAUAUUACCCCAACGAAGUCAAGUCUGCGCCAACAUCGCCAGUUACGCAAUCAGAGUUCGAGGAUCAGAUCAAGGCGGAGACGCCGCCGCCGCACGGCCCCCUGGUCAACGGCAAGAGGCAGCGUCUGCACUACGACGGCUACCUGCUGCCCCCGGAGCCCCAGACGCUCUACACCAGCGGCCCGCCACCCUAUUCCUUCCACGACCCCUUCCACUACGCGUGGCUACAGCACGACUGGGCAGCCAGGAUGGCCAUUACCUACCGCAACUGGUCCAUUCCACCAACGAAAGAGGCCAUCAAGGGCCUUCAAGUCAGAGACCCGAUGACCUUAUCGUUCUUGAGUCACGCACCGCCGAUUCUGAUGAAUCCCAACAGGGUUGUGCCUUUUUCAGAGUCUGAUCGGUUCGAGUCGCAGCCAAACGUGGCUCUGGCGCCAUUGUCCCAGUCAUUGCAGAGGUCAUCUGCGCAGGUGAGAAAAGAAGUGAGCGCGUCGCUGGGCAAGGAGCCGAAGCAGGAGCCCGUGCAGCGGCCUUCGUCGACCACAGCACCUGUCCAUUUGUACAACCCCGAGAUCGAGCUCUCGACGGACACCGAGGACAGCAACUCGGCCAACGGCGUCGAGGACGAGACGCCAGAGCUGCUGAGCAGACUGGUGCGCUGCGUCCAGGAGACGGAGGGUGACACGAGGCGGCAGGGCGAGGCCGCCCUCAACACCCUCAGUGCCAGCCUGAUCGCCACAAGGGAGGCGCAUAAGGCGCUGGCCACCGAGUUCCAACUCAUGAAGGACAGGGUGGAGCAGCUCGAGGCCAGAUUGUGUGAGGAGCGGGCUCAGCACGAUAAGGAAAUUGCUGCAAUGAGUCUUGACCGCCUUCGGACUGCCCGGGAACAUCACGUUGUCGUCCAGCACCCCCACAUCUUGCAAAACGGUUCGCCACAGCGGACGUCGCCAGCCACAUCAGUCAUCACUUCUUCGUCAGCCAUUGUGAAGAAGGAGCCGUUGAACGUGGAUUGAACUCUUUCGAGCGUCCAGCUCACGCGGCUCAGACGCUGGUUUGGCCGAUCAAACUGCUACUAAAGCUGCACUCUCUUAUUUCUCUCUUGGGAUAGUACAAACUACUGUUUAAUUUGAACUCCUGUUUUCUUUUUGAAUUGUGCUGUGACAAAGAAGAUGAAGAAGAAAAGAAAGAAGAUAAUUUAAUUAAGAAGAAAAGGGUUAUCGCAAUCUUAAAUUACCGAUUUUGUUACUCUUCCUACGGUGAUGACAGAGGGGAUAGGUUUUUCUCACAAGAUGCACAACCAGAUUUUAAGAAUAGGACUCGCGAAUGUUUCUUCGAUGUGUACAUAGUGUAAAUAUGUAAUUAACUACCAUUAUAAUCCACUGUCCUUUCAAAUGUAUAAUAUAAGAGUUUUAUCGCGCAGUUACGAAAACAAGAAGAAUGUGUUAAACAAAAAAAUUGAAAAGGGAAAACUUAGCAGAGCAGACAGAAACGCUAUUGACUGAGAUUCUGGACACUGAAUCUCACUCACACUGUUGGUUUUUACGUAAACGAUUCACUCAGGCAUCAUGAUAAAACGCUAAUUCCGAAAGAGAGACACUCACACAGUUGACACCCUUGUGUACCAAGGAAAUCUAGCUUUUUGAACUGGCCCCAUUUUGACUUAAACCCUAAAAUUCACAGAAAGCAUAACAAAAAAGAAACGACUGAUGAUGUGAUUUUGGGGUCGGAGACAGACUUGGGUGUUUAAAUAGACUUUGAAAUGUUUUUUUAGUAACUCUAAUGUGCCAACAUUCUGCUGCUGUUAUAACCUGACUGAUUGAAAAACUAAUUUUAUCUGUUUACUGAAGAAAGUAGAAUGUUGCCGUCAGUGCGGGAGAAACCAAAAGAAAAAAUAUGACAAAAGAAAGGAAAGCCUCUUGAGUUGCACGAUGAACAGUUUUUAAAAGACUUUACGGCAGUAUUUUGACACUAGACAAAGUAAGAAGUAAUUUCAAGUAAAAAAGAUAAAAACACGUUUGUAAAUAGCCAAAAAUUUAUUCUGGCAGCUCUUUAUAUUGCGACAAGGAGAUAAUACAAAUGAGCUCUCAGGGUUUCUUUUUAACUGAAAAAGAAAUGAUGUAACAGAUGAAAAGCCAGUUUGUCACUGCCAAACAGUUUUGACGAUGAUAUGCGAAAGACAGCAUAACAGGCAAAAAUACCAAAUUCUAGAAAAGUACCGUCGAGGGAAAAAUCAAAUGCUGCAUGUUUCGGAGGAUUUGAAAUUCCAAGAAAUGUUUGACAAGCACCACAGUUUAGCAGUUUGGAUCACGAAAGUUGUAUAUCUCUCUCAGUAAAAGUCAGGGAAGUUUGCAGGCCUUGUCUGAAUAUAUAACCAGUAAUAAUUUUUGACUGAACAGAUUUUCAGCAGAUCGUUCCCCCGCGUCACGAUUCAGCCCUCGUUUAAAUGUUUCUUCUCCUCGCUGUACUCUUUUGUUUUAAUUGUUUUUGCAAGUGCUAUCGCGAGCACUGUUUCUUGUAAAUACAAUUUUACUUACUCGGACAAAUAUAAAUAUAUAUUUUUGUUGGAAGUCUUUGAAAAUUGUUCAAGGCUAUUGUGAACAGGUAGUUAUUAUUAAUAUUAUUUAACUUCUUUCACUAAUUAUGACCCGAGCGUUUAUUGUAAUUUGGUAAAUUUUUUUAUAUUUAAUUUUUCCUUCAUCAACCCUUUUCUAUACAGUGUUAUUGUGACGAAGAGGAAUAUUUUAAUUGCAUAAUGUCUUUGUCCUCCAAUACAGUACCUGAUAAUUUACAGAUGAUAUGAUGAGAAUAUUUGACUCCUGCUACGUACGCAUACACGCAUUACAUUACAAGCAUACAUUAUACGCGCGGUUAAUGAAUAAUUAAAUUACCGUACCUAUAUAUUGUAAAGAGAUGAUGAGAGAGAGAAUCCAUAAUAUAUUAAAAUAAUAGUCUCUUCGCUGAGAAGAAAUAAACACACUGGCGACGAUUUUAAAAUCUAGACAAAGCAAGCCCACACUUCUUAAAAAGCAAAUUUGAAAGAAUAAAAAAAAACAACACCCUCGAAUACAACAAAUUUAAUAAACACACACACACUCGAAAAGUGUCAUAGUUUUUACUGAGCAAGAACUUGUUGCAAGUGUAAAUAUUUAUACGCGAAAAAUGUAAAAUUAUAAAAGCGCAUUUAAUGUUGAUUAGGCUGAGAAAAAAUUAAUCUGCUGCUGCUCCAAACAAGUCCAAAGGAAAAUAUAUUUGAGCCAAUUUGAGCAAUACUUCUUGAAAGUCGCUCUCACUGCGCAGAGCCUCUACCCUUUUCACCUUCCACGGGAUAAUUAUUGUUGAACCCUUUCUGCUGUUACCCUCUUAUUGGGAUGUAUAGUUCAAUUAGCCAGGGAAUGCGGGAUGGGCGUUUGUGAAGAGAAUUAAAUCCGCCGCGAAUCCGGUGCUUACAAUUAGAGUUGGAAUCGAAACAAUAUAUUGCAUGACACAACUUCUGUGAUUCACAGACCGUUGAUCGUUGAUUGUAAAAAACUGAAAUCUGUUAAUGUGAAAGAAAAAAACAAUUUGAUGUUGCUUACGUAUAUAAAUUGAGAGAUUUAUAAUAUGACGACGAGAAUCCAAAAAAGAAUAAUGAGCUUGAAUCACAAUUGUUGUGCUGUACACGUAUUAAUUAAAUGUGGCUGAAAGAUGGAAAAAAACUAAGCGCGAGUAAAAUCAAAUUGAUUAUUAAAAAUUAAUCUCUUUCCAAUUGGUUUUUUUUUUAUAGCGUAAAAUUAACUGAAAUUGCUGCUUCGGUCACAAGAAUAACCGGAAUUAGGGGAACUAAAUGUAGUGGACAAAAAAAUGCUUGCACCGGGAGAAGAUUUCAGUAGCUGCGGAUCAAUGCCUUAAAAUCACUUUUAUGGCUCAAGGAAAUAAUAAUUGCAUAAUUACAAGUAGGCGGCGGAACCAGUGCGCGGUUCCUAGGAAUCAAAGCAAAAUCAAUUACUCAUCUUCACACUGCAGCUUCUCUAGUAUUAAUCUCCGUAGGUUUGAUGCAACAUUUUCAAAAAAGGGGAAACGAUUAAAAAAAAUUAAAUUGGUUAAAAAAAUUGCUAAUUUCAUUGAGCUGGUUUCAUGGAAAACAAAAUACUGUAUAUUGCUUAAAUUAUGUUGUUUUAUAAUAUUUAAAAUGGUACACACACAUAAAGUAUGUAAAAUUUGUGAAAAUUGUACUCGGCAUCGAUUUGUGUUAAAAAGGCGAAAAACUCUGUUAAUAUAUAAUUAAUUAUUACAAGGAAAUGUAAAACUUGCCUACUUGCGGACGGUGUGGAAAAGAAAGAGAUGUGAAUGGGUUUGAACGGCUCGUUGAUGACGGUGUGAUGAUUUCUAUGAAAAGCGUAUAUAUUACAAAAUAUUUAAAAAAGUGACAAAAAGAAGCAAAAAAUACAAUUAUUAUUAUUAUACACUGAUUACAAAACAUGACAUGAUAAUGUUACAUUAGAUGCAAUUGGUAGCAUGAAUUUAUGAAAAACGAUGUAUGUUGUCAAUAAGUGUUGCAAUUACUGUACUGGAAUGCUGGAAAAUGCAAUGUUUCGGAAAAAUCGAGAAGGAGAAGAGAUGCAAAAAACAGCUCAAUCCCUAAUCCCCGUGCACUACUUUUUCCUCCAGAGAAGAGUAAAAGCAAAAGAGGUUCUCUCUGGACUUCUCUUCUUGAUACUAUGAAAAAGAAAACAGUUUUUACGAACUUUCAAGUUUUGAAAUAAUUAGUUACCACCACGUGUGAAGUUGCGAUGAAUCGGGAAUUUACUCAAACUUUGAGAGGAAUUUCGGAGAAUACAACAAAAAAUGCUGGGUUAUCUAAUAAUUGCUUCUCGUUACGCCAAUGAAUUCUCUUCCACUAAAAAGUUACCCAAAUUAUGUAUCAAUACCGCACUUCACUCGCGAAUCAAUUAAUUCCUAGUAGGUAAUAAAACCACCCCAGAGUAGAAGUACAAUCAUUCAAUAUUGACAUAGACUUUUAAAAAAGCAGACCGAGAGUAAAAUGUUUUCACAGAGAGAGAUAAAUAAAUAGGCCUAAGUUGUGCAAUUAUAAUUAUUCAGUUGAGCGUCAGAAUCGAGAAAACAUAAAUAGAUUUGCCUUAAUUAGAUCAUUUUUUUUUAUAUAAUUUUAAAACAACUAGAGAUUAUACUGAUUUUACACAUCCACGCUGGUUUCAAUAACUUUCAGGAAUAUAUUUGCCAUCAUUGUUAUUAUUUUUGUUCACUUUUACACACAAAUGCUAUACACGUUUUUUUUUUAAUUAUUAUUUAACUAAUAUAUUAUUAUAUUACUCUGCCGGAGCCAUUUUUAACUUGAAAUAGGUGAGAAAAAUCUUCAUAAGAAGGCGAUUCAAGUACAAAGCACCCCCCUUUCAUAUGUAGUUGCGAUUUUGACUUACUGUUCUUACUUAAUUAGAGCGUAAAAAUUGAUUAAUUGCUUUUCGCUAGUCGAAAGUUUCUUUUAAACAUUUGCAUCCUUUUCAUCUUGACGAGCAAACGAUUUUUAAUUUGAAAAGCUGGAAAUCUUUAGUAAUAGUUUUAUGGCAGCUCUUUUUUUUUAAUUUAUUGACAUUUUAAUUGAUGACCUACGAGGUCUUGUUUGCCCUUCGAACAAAACACGUCGUUGUUAUAUUUUGAGAUACAAAGCAAAUCGAGGUGAUGUGAAUGUACGAUUUCUCCCCUUCAACAAUUGAUUGAAUCCUACUCUUAAAAUACGUUCAUUGUAUGUCCGCGGUUUUCAACUAAAAUUAAUUAUGUUGCUCGCAAUCGUACGUAAUAAAUAUAUAUGCUGAGAAGAUGUAUGUUGGCUGAUAUGGCUCGCUUUGAUUGGAGAAAACAUGACACACGAUGAUGGGACAUGUGGAUCUUUUACUCCGUUUUCGUUGUGUUUUAUGAAUGAAGUGCAAUUGUCAUUUUGGAUACUGAGAACUACUUGAAACACACACACAUACACACACUUACUAUAUAUGCCACCAGUUGAUUACAUACAAAAAAAAAAAAAAAUUGAAACAAAAA